AUGGCACCAGGGUUCAUCUUCUUUGGCAUCUUCAUAUCUGAAAUAAUCCUCAUGCUCCGAACCUAUGCUAUCUGGAACCGCAGACGAUCUAUCCAAAUAACUCUAUAUAUCCUCUGUCUGGUUCGUCACCCUUCGCCUGUUGUCAGUACCAAUAGUCGUCUGAUACUAGAUACGCUUCCACAAAAGCUUGUCUUCGUCCCUGGUCUGGUAGUGACCCAACUAGAAUCGGCUUCUCUCAUUUAUGGUCCAUCUGAGGGUGGAUGCAACCUCGAACACGCCAGUGUCAUCAUAUUUGUAGCAUAUGUUCUCCUCGUCAUCUCAGAAACCAGUUUCGCCGUGGCGAACGUCAUUGUACCUGUAGCAGGACCAGUAAGUCCUUCGGCUCUUACUCUAUCAAUCCCGCCUAACCACACCAUCAUCACGCAGCCUGAACUAGCGAAUUGGCUCGCAACCCCUCAACGCAUUGCUCACUCCGUCCUCUGCAACCGCGUCCUAUUCCUGAUAUUCAGGCAACGCACCCUCCAUGCCCACCGCCGCCUCCCCUCGCAUUCUGACCAUUCGUCCUUCUUCACGCCGACACAGACGCCCAGGCGAAGCGACACGGGGGACAAGAUAUCGCAGUUCUUCUCCUCGUUCUUCACCACGCCCGAGGAGACGGGAUAUAUGUUUCCGAGUGUUGAUGCAAUGACGCAGCAGGGUUCGGCGUCUGAUGGGGGAGGCGAGGAUGCAGGGCGUCGCACUGGUAGAGCGGCUCAAGAAGAAGAAGGGUUUGAGCUGAGGGAGUUGACGAGUAGCUGA